AUGGAAGAAACGAGGAAGACUGGCGGCCAGCAGGCCAGACGUAGGCAGAGUCCUGUAAUGACAGAGUGGAGUUCCAAUUGCGUCAUUUUCAACUAUUUCCAAGGAGACAUUGGCAGCGUAGUGGAUGAGCACUUCUCCAGAGCUCUGAGCAACAUCAGGAGUCCCCAGAGACUGGUAACCUCAAGCAUGAAUGAAGAUGUGAUCCUAAGGAAUGGUGGUGACAUGCCUCCAUACAAGUGGCGUUUCCCUUCAUGGACAAAUUCACAGCCAGAAGGGUUUCUUGCAAAUGGCGUCGGCAACUGCAGCUCGGCUGUGUCUGUUCCCGUGGCUGUGAAUCAGCAUCCACUGACCCUGACUGGGACCGCUUCUGCUCAACCCAGGGAGCUGUGGCAUUUUGCCCCCACCGCCAGCUCCAGCCAUGCAGAGGCUGGAUACUCUAAUGCGGUCUCCACUGGGCGCUUGGUUCCAGAGCGCCAGUCUGAUGGGAAAUGUGAGCCCCUUCUAAAUAUCCUUCAGUAA